CCUGUCCCCCCAUGGCAGCUAACCCCGCCUGGGGAAACUUCCCCCCUUUCCCCCCCUCCCUGCCAUGGCAGCUAACCCUGCCUGGGGAGACUUCCCCCCUCUCCCCGCCACCCACCACGGCAGCUAACCCUGCCUGGGGAGACCUGCUCCAGCAGAAGUUAACUCUGCCUGGGUACCCAGCCCCAGCUCACCUCGGCUCCGCCUCCUCCACUGAGCACGCGGCGCUGCUCUAAUUCUCCUCCCCGCCCAGGCUUGCUGCACUUAUAUUGGAGGAGACUUAGACCUGGGCUGUGUGCUCAGCGGAGGAGGCAGAGUGGAGGUUUCUGCCUACUCCUUCUCAAUGGAAAAGCACCAGGUUAAAGAUGGAUUCCAGUUCAGGUGACAUGAUCACAUGUCACUGUAAGACUUCAUUACCCACUUGCCAGCACACAUGUAUACAGGGAGAUUUACAGCACCAUCAUCAGGGUCAUGAAAAAAGUACUCAUUCUGGGUGGAAUACUGAUGGCUGGGAUCCUUGGAUACUUUCACAUACCAUAUAUCAGCCAGCCCUCAUGCCAGCCCAUAAGACAAACUGACUUGAAUGAGACCUUCUCAGUGCUUCCACGAAUGUCAUAUCCACAGCCAUUUGUGGACAAGCCUCAGAGAACUGACGUCUUGCUCGUGUCCCCGUGGCUGGCUCCCAUUGUAUGGGAAGGCACCUUCAACAGAGACAUCCUGAAUGCCCAGUACAGACAAAAAAAUUUCGUUGUUGGGGUGGCCACAUUUGCGGUUAAAAAAUACGUCCGGUUCAUAGAAGGGUUUCUUGGCUCCGCCAACAAAUUCUUCCUCUCUGGGCACAGGGUUAACUUCUAUCUCUUCACUGACCACCCAGAGAAAGUCCCAUCCAUUAAUCUGGCCCCUGAGAAGCGUCUCUUCAUCAUCCCUGUCCAGAACUACUCACGGUGGCAAGACAUCUCCAUGAACCGCAUGGACAUCAUCAGCAACCACGUCCACAGCCACUGGCGAUACGAAGUAGACUACCUUUACUCCAUGGACAUCGACGUCCAGAUGUUUGAGCACAUUGGGGUGGAGAUCAUCGAUACGCUUGUGGGGACCAUCAGCUCCUGGCAAUACACCAAGCCCCGGGAUAGCAACUCCUAUGAGAGGCAUCCAGAGUCGCGAGCCGCCAUCCCCCAUGGGGAAGGAGAUUUCUACUAUGCAGCCAGCUUCUACGGAGGGAGCGUGUCUGAAGUCUACAAGUUGACCACAGCCUGCUUCAAAGGGGUCACAGAGGACAGAGCCAAUGGCAUCGAAGCCAAGUGGCACGAGGAAAGCCACCUGAAUAAAUACUUACUGUAUCACAAGCCCACACGCCUGCUGUCCCCGGAGUACUACUGGGAUGAGGAACUGAUCAGACCUCGCAUCAUCAGGGUUAAGAGAUUGUCAUCAGUGCGCAAAGAUCUGCAAGAAGUCAGGUUCUGAAGGAAGGAAGAGAAAGAGAAAGGGAUGGAUGGAUGCUGUGACAGAUAUGGCAAUCACUCCUGCAAUACCCUUGAAAAAACCUCAUUGAAUUAAGUUUAAGUAUCUUUAAUGUAUGGCUCAAAUUUGUUGAAUAACAGGCUCAAUUGUAAUUACUUAAGCAAAGAAUACCAAUCAGAGAUUAGUGCAGCACUAUACAGAAUACAGAAAGAAAUAGAUACUAGGGCUAUCAAUUAAUCACCGUUAACUCUCACGAUUAACUCAAAAAAAUUAAACGCAAUUUAAAAAAUUAAUCAUGAUUAAUCACAAUUUUAAUUACACUGUUAAACAAUAGAAUAUCAACUGAAUUUUAUUAAAUAUUUUUGGGUGUUUUUCUUCAUUUUCAAAUAUAUUGAUUUCAAUUACAACACAGACUACAAAGUGUAUAGUGCUCACUUCAUCAUUUUUACCAUGAAAAUAUUUGUAAUAAAAAUAAUAAUAUAAACAAAAUAAUAUUUUUCAAUUCACCUCAACAAGUACCAUAGUGCAAUCUCUCUAUCGUGAAAAUGGAACUUACAAAUGUAGAUUUUUUUUGUUACAUAACUGCACUCAAAAACAAAACAGUGUAAAACUUUAGAGCCUACAAGUCCUCUUAGUCCUACUUCUUGUUCAGCCAAUUGCUAAGAUAUACAAGUUUGUUUACAUUUACGGGAGAUAAUAUUGCCUUCUACUUAUUUACAGUGUCAUCAGAAAGUGAGAAUAGGAGUUCGCAUGGCACUUUUGUAGCCAGUAUUGCAAGGUAUUUCCUGCCAGAAAUGGUAAGGAUUCAUAUGUCCCUUCAUGCUUGGGCCAUCAUUCCAGAGGACAUGCUUCCAUGCUGAUGACACUCAUUAAAAUAAAUGAGUUAAUUAAAUUUUUGACUGAACUCCUUGGGGGAGAAUAGUACGUUUCCUGCUCUGUUUUACCCACAUUCUGCCAUAUAUUUCAUGUUGUAACAGUUUUGGUGUUGACCCAGCACAUACUCGUUUUGAGAACACUUUCACUGCAAAUUUGACAAAACACAAAGAAGGUACCAAUGUGAGAUUUCUAAAGAUAGCUACAGCACUUGACCCAAGGUUUUGAGAGUUUGAAGUGCUUUCCAAAAUCUGAGGGGGAUGAGGUGUGGAGCAUGCUUUCAGAAGUCUUAAAAGAACAACACUCCGAUACAGAAACUACAGAACCCAAACCACCAAAAAAGAAAAUCAACCUUCUGCCAGUGGCAUGUGACUCACAUGAUGAAAGUGAACAUGUGUCAAUCCGCACUGAUUUGGAUCAUUAUCGAGCAGAACCCAUCAUCAGCAUCAGCUUUCAGUGGUCUAACCUCAAUCAUUUCACUGCAGGAACUCCUGAUUUAUUCCAAGAGCACUUGUAGCACCUUAGAGACUAACAAAUUUAUUUCAGCAUAAACUUUCAUGAGCUACAGCUCACUUCUUCGGAUGCAUAGAAUGGAACACACAGACAGGAGAUAUUUAUACAUACAGAGAACAUGAAAAGGUGGAAGUAUGCAUACCAACAGGAAGAGUCUAAUCAAUUGAGAUGAGCUAUCAUCAGCAGGAGAAAAAAAACUUUUGAAGUGAUAAUUAAGAUGACCCAUAAAAGGUGUGAGGAGAACUUAACAUAGGGAAAUAGAUUCAAUUAGUGUAAUGACCCAACCAUUCCCAGUCUCUGUUUAGGCCUGAGUUAAUUGUAUCUAAUUUGCAUAUUAAUUCAAGUUCAGCAGUUUCUCUUUGGAGUCUGUUCUUGAAGUUUUUUUGUUGCAAAAUUGCCACCUUCAAAUCUGUCACUGAGUGGUUAGAGAGGUUGAAGUGUUUUCCCACUGGUUUUUGAAUGUUAUGAUUCCUGAUGUCAGGUUUGUUUCCAUUUAUUCUUUUGCACAGAGACUGUCCGGUUUGCCCAAUGUACAUGGCAGAGGGGCAUUGCUGGCACAUGAUGGCAUAUAUCACGUUGGUAGAUGUGCAGGUGAAUGAGCCCCUGAUGGCGUGGCUAAUGUGAUUAGGUCCUGUGAUGGUGUCACUUGAAUAGAUAUGUGGACAGAGCUGGCUUCGGGCUUUAUUGCAAGGAUAGGUUCCUGGGUUAGUGUUUAUGUUGUAUGGUGUCUAGUUGCUGGUGAGUAUUUGCUUCAGGUUGGGAGGCUGUCUAUAAGCAAGGACUGGCCUAUCUCCCAAGAUCUGUGAGAGUGAGGGAUCAUCUUUAAGGAUAGGUUGUAGAUCUUUGAUGAUGCGCUGGAGAGGUUUUAGUUGGGGGCUGUAGGUGAUGGCUAGUGGUGUUCUGUUAUUUUCUUUGUUGGGUCUGUCCUGUAGUAGGUGGCUUCUGGGUACUCUCCUGGCUCUGUCAAUCUGUUUUUUCACUUCAGCAGGUGGGUAUUAUAGUUUUAAGAAUUCUUGAUAGAGAUCUUGUAGGUGUUUCUCUCUGUCUGAGGGAUUGGAGCAAAUACGGUUGUAUCUUAGAGUCUGGCUGUAGACAAUGGAUCGUGUGGUGUGUCCUGGAUGGAAGAUGGAAGCAUGUAAGUAAGUAUAGCAGUCAGUGGGUUUCCGGUAUAGGGUGGUGUUUAUGUGACCAUUGCUUAUUAGCACAGUAGUGUCUAGAAAAUGGAACGCUUGUGUGGAUUGGUCUAGGCUGAGGUUGAUGAUGGGAUGGAAAUCGUUAAAAUCAUGGUGGAAUUCCUCGAGGGCUUCUUUUCCAUGAGUCCAGAUGAUGAUGUCAUCAAUGUAGCACAAGUAGAGUAAGGGCAUUAGAGAACGAGAGCUAAGGAAGCGUUGUUCUAAGUCAGCCAUAAAGAUGUUGGCACACUGUGGGGCCAUGCGGGUACCCAUAGCAGUGCCACUGACUUGAAGGUAUAUAUUGUCUCCAAAUGUGAAAUAGUUGUGGAUGAGGACAAAGUCACGAAGUUCAGCCGCCAGGUUAGCCAUGAUAUUAUCGAGGAUACUAUUCCUGAUGGCUUGCAACAUAAAAACAUAAGAACAGCCAUACUGGGUCAGACCAAAGGUCCAUCUAGCCCAGUAUCUGUCUACUGAUAGUGGCCAAUGCCAGGUGCCCCAGAGGGAGUGAAGCUAACAGGCAAUGAUCAAGUGAUCUCUCUCCUGCCAUCCAUUUCCAUCCUCUGGUGAACAGAGGCUAGGGACACCAUUCUGUAGUCCAUCUUUGUGCGGAAUGUUGGUGUAGAGGGCUUCCACAUCCAUAGUGGCCAGGAUGGUGUUUUCUGGAAGAUCACCGAUGGGUUGUAGUUUCCUCAGGAAGUCAGUGGUGUCUCGAAGAUAGCUGGGAGUGCUGGUGGCAUAGGUCCUGAGGAGAGAGUCCACAUAGCCAGACAAUCCUGCUGUUAAGUUGCCAAUGCUUGAGAUGAUGGGGCAUCCAGGAUUUCCAGGUUUAUGGAUCUUGGAUAGCAAAUAGAAUACACCUGGUCGGGGUUCUAGGCAUGUGUCUGUACAGAUCUGUUCCUGUGCUUUGUCAGGGAGUUUUUUGAGCAGAUGGUGUAGUUUCUUUUGGUAAUCAUCACUGGGAUCAGAGGGUAAUGGCCUGUAGAAUGUGGAGUUAGAGAGCUGCCUAGCAGCCUCUUGUUCAUAUUCCGACCUAUUCAUGAUGACAACAGCACCUCCUUUGUCAGCCUUUUUGAUUAUGAUGUCAGAGUUGUUCUUGAGGCUGUUGAUGGCAUUGUGUUCAGCACAGCUUAGGUUAUGGGGUAAGUGAUACUGCUUUUCCACAAUUUCAUCCCGUGCACGUUGAUGGAAGCAAUCUAUGUAGAAGUCCAGUCUGUUGUUUCGACCCUCAGGAGGAGUCCAUGCAGAAUCCUUUUUAUUAUAGCGUUGGUAGGAAGGAUUCUGUGGGUUAGUAUGUUGUUCAGAGAUGUGUUGGAAGUAUUCUUUGAGUCGGAGACGGCGAAAGUAGGAUUCUAGGUCACCGCAGAACUGUAUCAUGUUCGUGGGUCUGGAAGGACAAAAGGAGAGGCCCUGAGAUAGGACAGAUUCUUCUGCUAGACUAAAAGAAUAGCUGGAAAGAUUAACACUAUUGUUGGGUGGGUUAAGGGAGCUCCUUGUGCCAUGUAGCAGUUUAGACAGUUUAGUGUCCUUUUUCUUUUGUAGAGAAGCAAAGUGUGUGUUGUAAACGGCUUGUCUAGUUUUUGUAAAGUCCAUCCAUGAGGAAGUUUGUGUAGAAGGUUGGUUUUUCAUGAGAGUAUCUAGUUUUGAGAGUUCAGUCUUAAUCUUCCCGUUUGUUGUAUAGGAUGUUGAUCAGGUAGUUUCACAGUUUCUUUGAGAGUGUGUGGCACAAUCUGUUAGCAUAGUCUGUGUGAUGUGUAGAUUGUAAUGGAUUUUUUACUUUUAGUCCUUUUGGUAUGAUGUCCAUCUGUUUGCAUUUGGAAAGGAAGAUGAUGUCUGUCUGUAUCUGCACGAGUUUUUUCAUGAAGUUGAUGGAUUUCCACUCCAUACGGCUAAAUGCAGUGCCUUGCAUAAUGACAGGUUUUAGAGUAGCAGCCGUGUUAGUCUGUAUCCGCAAAAAGAACAGGAGUACUUGUGGCCCCUUAGAGACUAACAAAUUUAUUUCAGCAUGAGCUUUCGUGGGCUACAGCUCACUUCUUCGGAUGCAUAGAAUGGAACACACAGACAGGAAAUAUUUAUAAAUGUCCGGGGAUUGGUCCUGCUUUGAGCAGGGGGUUGGACUAGAUGACCUCCUGAGGGCCCUUCUGUAACGAUGCUGGUUCUGACUGGACCCAACUGAGAGUGCCAAUUCAGGAUAAAUUGCUUAGAACAGGGCAGUUACAGCCCAAGGCUGGGGUUUUUCCACCUCUAAAGUAAACCACACCAGCCAAAUAAAGAGGACUUUGGUCUCACCCCACUGGCUAACCACAAGUCACACAAGCAAUUCCCAUCGACACUCCAGUUUCCCAGUAUCACUCCAGUGCCACUCAUCAUGAGGAUGAAUGGUUAUGAAAACCAACACCCCAGUAAAAGAAAAAAGGUUCUCUCAAUCCCAAAGAACCAAGCCCCAGAUCCAGGUCAAUAUACAGAUCAGAUCUUACCCACAAAUCACACUGUUGCCAAUCCCUUUGAAUCUAAAAUCUAAAGAUUUAUUCAUAAAAGGAAAAAGAUAUAGAUGAGAGCUAGAACUGGUUAAAUAGAAUUAAUUACAUGCAGUAAUGGCAAAGUUCUUGGUUCAGGCUUGUAGCAGUGAUGAAAUAAACUGCAGAUUUAAAUCAAGUCUCUGGAGUACAUCCCCCACUGGGAUGGGUCAUUCAGUCCUUUGUUCAGAGCUUCAGUUUGUAGCAAAGUCCCUCCAGAGGUAAGAAGCAGGAUUGAAGACAAUAUGGAGAUGAGGCAUCAGCCUUUUAUAGUCUUUUCCAGGUAUAAGAACACUUCUUUGUUCUUACUGUGGAAAAUUACAGCAAAAUGAAGUCUGGAGUCACAUGGGCAAGUUCCUGCAUACUUUGCUGAGUUACAAGGCGUAUUUGCCUUCUCUCCAUGGGUCAGUUGUGUAACUGAUGGUCCUUAAUGGGCCAUCAAGCAGGCUAGGCAGAACUGACCCCAGCUUGUCUGGGAUGUUACCCAGAAGCAUAGCAUAAGUUUGAAGUGCAGAGCCAAUAGUCAUAACUUCAACUACAAAAAUGAUACACACAUAUAGACACCAUAAUUAUAACCAGCAAACCAUAACCUUGUCUUAGACACCUCAUUUGACCCCCUUUAUACAAGAUUCAGUGCCACUACAGGACUUUGGUUGCAACUAUGUUCUAUAUGGUCCCAGAUUAUGUCAAUAACAUCACACCUCCUAACACUCAUAGUCUAGGUUUCUAUGUAGGGUUAGACUUGCAUGUCUUAUUUUCUUUUGCUUGAUAAUUCACUUUGUUCUGUCUGUAAGCACCUGGAACCACUUAAAUCCCACUUUCUGUAUUUAAUAAAAUCACUUUUUACUUAUUAAUUAAA